AAAUCACCAACUCAUUAUUGGACAACAUUUGCUGAUAUUGGUUGCCUUACGUGAUAUAUCCAAUGAAGCCCAGAUUUGGGUCAUUGAAUCCGGAAACAAUCAAGCAGCUUCUAUUACUAAUGUUGGAAGACAACUUUCUGUUCAAUACGGCCCAAACCAGAAGUACCUUUCCUUGAAUACUAAAGAAUCCAGCCUUAGGGCUCAACAGUUCACUUUUACAAGCACUAGGGGGAUACAUCCAUAG